CCAUUUUCGCUGUCAUGAACUUAUUGAACAAAAUUAAGAUGCAGAAGGAGGAGCCAAACAAGGCACCGCCUGAAGUGCCAGUGUACUGGAUUGAAGCCUCCGAUUCUGUCUCCCGCCACUUCUCAUUUCAGCCCGAUGGUCGACUGUCUGUGAGUCUUUUACUUGUUUAAAUCAUCUCUUUCCAUUGACAAUUUUGCGAACAUGUGGCAUGCCUGAUAGUUACACACAUAAAAUUGUUAAUUACUCCAAUUUUUACUUAAAAAUAAUCGCAUUGUCGAGUCGGUCUUCGCUUUUUUGGAAGUCGCGUUUGCUUCUAAUUUGCUUAGCUCGGUUAUGCUUGGUCUUCUUGAUUGUACUUUUGAACUAGUUGGCUGUGAGUAAUUGAUUGGGAAAGUAAGGAAUGCUCGAAGGAAGAAUUUUUGCUUCUGAGAGGAGAUUAAAGAAACCCAAAGAUAGAUGAGUGACAAGGAAUCAUCUUAUUAAUGAAGGUAGUUGAUGAUUCAAGAUCAAUACUUCAUCGGAUUAUUGAUUCCUUUCAGAAUAAAUUUUUUCCCUCUGGAUAUCCAUACAGCGUGAAUGAGGGAUACCUUAGAUACACACAAUUUCGGGCGCUCCAGCACUUCUCCAGUGCAGCAUUGUCUGUCCUUUCAACUCAGUCGCUGCUAUUUGCUGCAGGCUUGCGUCCUACGCCUGCACAAGCAACAGCUGUAAGCUGGGUACUGAAGGAUGGGAUGCAGCACGUAGGAAAGCUAAUAUGUAGCAAUUUGGGUGCUAGAAUGGAUUCAGAACCAAAACGUUGGAGAAUACUAGCUGAUGUGCUUUAUGACUUGGGAACUGGCUUAGAAGUGCUUUCUCCAUUGUGUCCUCAUCUUUUCCUUGAGGUGGCUGGACUCGGUAAUUUUGCAAAGGGGAUGGCAGUAGUUGCAGCAAGAGCAACAAGGCUACCUAUAUAUUCUUCAUUUGCUAAAGAAGGCAAUCUAAGUGAUCUUUUUGCAAAAGGGGAGGCCAUUUCAACCCUUUUUAAUGUUGUUGGAAUGGGAGCAGGGAUUCAAUUAGCAUCUACGAUUUGUUCAUCAAUACAGGGGAAGAUGAUUGUUGGACCUCUUCUUUCUAUUGUACAUGUUUGUAGUGUCAUUGAAGAAAUGCGAGCUACCCCUGUCAAUACACUAAAUCCUCAGAGGACAGCAAUGGUUGUGGCUGAUUUUGUGAAGAGUGGAAAGAUAUCAAGUCCUGCUGAUCUAAGAUACCAUGAAGAUCUCCUAUUUCCUGGGAGACUUAUAGAAGAUGCUGGCAAUGUGAAAGUGGGACGGGCUUUGCAUAAAGUUUUUACGCCUUCAAAACUUCGUGAAGUAAAAGAUAUAUUCCAGGAAGAGAAGUUUCUUUUGAACGUUGGAAAUAAAUGGACUGAUAUGGUUCUAGAGCAAAAUGCUUCAGGCGAAGAUGCAUUGAGGGGAUGGUUGGUUGCUGCAUAUGCUGCAAGCAUGGAUAAGUCUUCUCAUGGGUCUAGCACUGCUGUCCUGCAAGAUGCUUACUUGAAAAUGAAUAGCUCAUUUGAUUCAUUCUUGUCUGAACUGCAAGCCAAAGGGUGGCAUACUGAUCGCUUUUUGGAUGGAACAGGUAGCCGUUUUGCAUGGUAACAUUUUCUAGAUUUGAAUGAUAGUCAGUCGACUCCUUCAAGAUAGGAAGGUUCUUUGUUUAAAAAAAAAAUGAGUAGGGCAGCAGGUUAAGAUGGUUACACCAAAGAAUUGCCUUUCAUUCAGGAAGUAGAAUUGUGCAACUAUGUUGAACUAUUUUCCAUACCCUUGUCAAUUCAUGAUUGUCCUAACCGGCUUUUGCAUAUGAGUUAUUGACUGCUGCUCGGGCUUUUGUAAUUGUAAAUCUGAAAGGAAGAAGCCAGGAGCCUGACCAAAUUACUUGUGGAACACCAGCAUUAUUGGAUUCAGUUGUUUACUUGGAAAUUGCAAUGUAAUUUUAUAUAUCUGGAUUAAUCAUUCAAAUUUUACAUGGAUAAUAUGUUUCAAUUAUCGUCU